GCGCUGUUCAACACACUGAAGCUCUCUGUGCAGAGACUAUGCAUGUAAGUCAAUGGUUGUUCGGUACUCGGAAUCUGAUCCUAGCCCCUAAGCUGCGAACGCGAAUGAUGGUUUGUGAAGAGCUCCGGCUAUGAUUCUGUCCACAAAGCACAACAACCGAUCCAGUUAUGGAAAUCUCCUUAUAAGCCAACCCGAGAUCUCCUUUCGUUCAAGCACCGGAGAUAACUCUUUUCUUUGUGGUUUGAGAAAGCCCAUGGAGACUGUCUACUAGAUACGGAAGAUGCUGGAGCUCUUCAACAAAUUCUUUGACAAGAAACGAGAUGCACCUGUUAGCAGCAGGGUCCGCAGUCCCAGAACAAUGCUUUGCGUUCAUUAUAAAAAGCGAUCAUUUCUUCUGAUGAUUCAGGUCUUCCUCCCAUCACGACUUUCACCUUAUUCACACAAAAAAACGCAAAAACACAAGUCAAAACAACACAACACAAACAUCAUGCCUACUAACAAACAGCGCGUCCAGCCCAAGUCUCGGCGGUGGGCAAAGAGACAGCGACAGGCUCCCUCGACCAGCGCUGCGCAGAACGCCAGUCCGACCAUGUGGCACGAUUACUACAAUGUCACCACCCACGGUGAAGCGACCCAGGACAGAGCCCACCACGUCUCAUGCAAAGCGCAAUGCCGCUACUGCUGGAUGUUCUGGACCAGCCGCGCCUCUUCCCCGUCCGCCAUUAGUCUGCAGCUCCAUCUGCACUUCUGCCCGGGUCGCAGAAAGCGUGCCGCCGACCAGAAGAAGUGUAAGUUGGGUAAGUGCCCCCCCUCCUGCGAUCUCGCCGCCAAAGAUGAGACAUCGACAAAGGGGGCUGAAGAAUGGCAUUACGAUGGAGAACAGUGCCAACCACCCGAAUUCAGCAAGCUAACAACGGACCAGAUGCGCGAGCGGUUCGUGAUCGGCACUAAGGGCUUCCGGUUGAAGGCGCAGUGCCGCGACUGCGACCGGAAGGUCUGCAAUAAGCGGUAUACGCUCUGCAACCAUCUGGCUGGGUGCGCGAUGCGCCGCAAGUUCUUGCUCUUCCGGGGUGAGAAGGCGGGUCGGUGGGUGAAGUGCCGCGAUUGCGGGGAGGUUGUGAAGGCGGAUCGGGGGGUGAAGAUGGUGCAUCUGGUCAAGGAGUGUCCUGCUAGGAGCUCUGAUUGAACUGGAGGCUGUUUUCAGAUUCCUGGUUGCGCUUGUUGAAGUAGAGGUGUCAGGCGUAUUGAACUGAGUAUUUGUUUUGGUUCACUUUAGCAUAGGCGGGAUAGCCGCAUUCGAAUGCUAAUUUAUCUGAAUUUUGAUUAUCCGAGUUUAUUGACCAUUACACUGGAGCUAUGAAGUAAC